AUGGACUAUUUUCCCUUCAUUUAAACAAGCAACUUGGACCCAGCCUCUCUAAAGCACGGGGUAAUAUUCAUCGGGAUGACUACGAUUUUAGGAGUAAUUGCAUUGCUAUAAACCUUUUGUGAACAUAAACAUUUCAAUUUGCUUCGAGAGGCAUCAGUCGCCAUUAUAAUAGGAUUGUUUAUAGGAGUCAUUACUGAAUUUUAAGUUUUCUAGAAAGCAAGCUUUGAUAAUUCAUCAGAAAUAUUCUUUUUCGUUUUGCUGCCAAUAAUAGUUUUUAAGGAGGGGUACAAUUUAAAUAAGUAACACUUCAUGAAGAACUUCUUUUAUGUCGUGUUGUAUGGUAUUUUUGGAACUAUUUUUAAUUUUAUGAUUUUGGCAGCAUUAACAUACUCCUUAACAAAUACAUCUAUCUUUUGGGUGCCUCCAAAUAGUACAAAUGUAAAUGAUACUGCUAGUAAUUCAACAUAUGCUUAGGUAUUUUACUCAUCUUGUAUCUCAUCAAAAGAUAGUGCUGUAUCCUUAAGUGUAUUGGAAUUUGAGCAUGCACCUAAGCUACACAGUAUUAUUUUCGGUGAACAAAUCUUAAAUGACGUUGUAGUUUUUGCAAUAAGUAAGACAGUAGAAAAAUUUCAUAAUGAAAAGGGAGUGAAGAAUAACGAUUGGGAAUGGUAUAGUCCAUUAAUUUUUAUUGGAUGGAUUCUAGCAAACCUAGUGGUAGGUUUAGUUGUAGGGGUUCUUGUGGGUAGUAUAGCAACUUGGAUAACAAAGGAAUCCAGAUUUUUAUCUGAAUAAUCCUCUGUCGUUACUGCCUUUACCAUCUAUACUGCUUACUUCUCAUUCUGUGUUUGUGAAGCACUAGGAUUUUGUGGAGUAUUGGCUGUUCUACUAUGUGGAAUAAUGUUAUCACAUUACUAAACUUAUAAUCUACCAAAGAUUUCUGCUACUUCCUCUAAAAUAACAAUCAAAGCACUCGCCUAUAUUAGUGAGACUAUUAUUUACUUUUAUAUCGGAUAUAUGGUGACAGAAAAUGCUAUUGUUAAAAAUUCAUCAGAUUACAAUUUAAAAUUUUAGGUUUAUACAUUUCUACUUGCGCAAUACUUCGUGUUUUCUCCUAUAGCUAAAUUGACAUCAAUGUUGAUGGCUCAUGGUUUUGCAAUCAUUUUGAGAUUGAAAACAAAAGGACCUUGGAGAAUCAAUAAGUAUGAAUUCUUUAUCCUCUUCUAUUCAGGAUUAAUUAAAGGAGUUGUUGCCUAUGCAUUGAUUUGCGAAUAGGAAGUGGGAGGAGAGGACUAUUACAAAAUUAUCUAAACUGCCUCCUUAUACAUGGUUGUGCUUACCACACUAAUCAAUGGUGGCACUUUGAAAUAUGUAUGCGAAUGGGCGUAUAGACAAAUGGAAAAAGACUCUUCAGUUUAUUAUUCUAGAUCUUAAUCAGCUCAAUCAUAAGCUAUUAGAUAAACAUUCAUUCAGGAGGAUUAAGUUGAUUAUAAAAAACUCAAACAUAAAAGUGAAAAGUUCUUCAAGGGUUUCGAUGAGAAAUACAUUAAGCCCUUCCUGAUCUAUUAAUAUAAUGAACGAAAAGCUGAUAUAUAGGUGGCAAAGAAACUAGAAAAGAAUAAGACCAAAUAUGAAAAAGAACAAGACUUUAAGAUGUAUGACGAUAGUGUUAAGCAAUAAAGAGAAGAGCUGGAAUUGCACAAACAAAAAAGAAACGAAUUAACUCAAAUUGAUGUAGAUCAAUCUGAUUCCGAUGAUGAACAAGAUUAGCAUUAGGAAAGCAAUGGAAAAAAACAUUCUCCUUCUUAGGGUGAACUAUCUGAACUUAAAUUAAGUAAGUAAAAUAAUGGAGUUCAUAAAAAUGAUUGA